AUGAUUUUGUUCUGGAUUCCCAUACCGUUUGCUUUCAAUUUAAUUCAAUUUAUAUCACUGAUACCGUAUAAUGAUAUGAAUGAUCCACAGUAUCCAAAUAUACGUAAAUGUGUUCCAUAUGACGGUAGCUUUCAGAUUAUUGUGGAAGUUGCUGAUGUAAUAUUAUGUUAUGUGGUACCAUGUCUUUGUGUAGUUUUAUUGAAUUUAUUAGUUGCCGGAAAAGUGAAACGUGGUUUCACGUAUGAUCCUAAUCGAACACGUUCUAAUCGGCGUCGUCAAAACUCAGCUAUGAUACUGUUUGUGGUACCAGUUGUGUAUAUGUUAUUAAAUACACCAUUUUAUUUGUUACGAAUAACAGAUACGAUAGCAUUAUAUGUCUUUGAAAGUAAUGAAUUCUCUAUUGUUGGUGGUUUAGAUGGUACUCUUAUCAUAUUCUUAUACAAUACUGCUCAUUACUUAUAUUAUGUUAAUUUUGCUUGUGAUGUUAUCGUUUAUGCAUUUUCCAG